AAAGUACAGAAAUGAAAAUUAUCGCGGAAGAGACUGUUGUUAAUGUUGAAGAAAGCGCUGUUACUGUUCCGAAGUUGAGUCCAGAAGAAGUAACGGUAUAUAAUAGGUUGAAUGCUGCAGGCAAAGUUACUUUUUUGGAGGUAUUUGAUCAAAGAGAGAUGAAAGGAGAAGAAGAAGGAAUUAAAGAAGAGCGUAAAAGAGGA